GAACGGGGGGAGCUGGGUUGUGAGAGGAAAGGGGGAAAGGGGCUGUGAGGAGAACAGGGUGGACCAGGACUGUGAGCCGAGCAGACGGAGCGGGGCUGUGAGGGCAGUGCCGGGGGGGAUCAGGUCAUGGGCGAGCACCGGCACGGUCAGGGUUGUGAGGGAGAGACCGAGGCUCUGAAGAGGGACUGAAGGGAAUGCUGUGGGGAUUGAGGCUGUGAAGACCCAGCCAGCUGUGAGGAGCAUGGAGGGAGCAGGUCUGGAUCAUGCUGGAGGGGAUCAGGCCCGUGCAGGGGCCAGGGGCCUGAUGGUGGCCUGUCAGAACCCUGUUGACUCUGCCAUGCAGGUGGCCGGCCUGGGCAACUAUGGGCUGCGAGGCACACGGCACAGUGUGGGCAUGGAGGUGCUGGACCAGCUGGCCCGGCAGCUGGCGGUGGCCGAGGGCUGGCGAGUGGACAAGCGGUGCUGCGCUGAUGUGGCCCUGGCCACAGCCCACGGCCUGGAGCUGCUGCUGCUCAAGCCACGGAGGUUCAUGAACCUCAACGGUCUCAGCGUCGCCAGUGCUGCUGAGAUCUAUAGCCUUGGCCCUCAAGACAUUUACCUGGUUCACGACGACCUGGACAAGGCCCUGGGCAAGGUGGCCAUCAAGCUGGGAGGCAGUGCAAGGGGACACAACGGGGUCCAAUCCUGCAUCAGUGCUCUGCAGUCCAGUGAGAUGACCCGGCUCAGGAUCGGCAUCGGGCGGCCAGAGGGUGAUGUGACAGUGCCCGACUACGUCCUGUCCCCGUUCAGUGCUGGGGAGCGGGAGAAGCUGGAGCAGAUCCUGGCCCAGGCAGUGACCUGCCUGCUGGAGCACAUCCAGAGCCGAGCACCUACAGAGCCAGGGGACAGGGGCUGACACAAACCCACGGGGACCCUUGUGGCUGAUGGACAGGGUGCUGCAGGCACUCCGGAGUGACCGUGGUGCGGAGCAGAGCUGGCCCAGCUGGGCAGUGUGCUUGGGAGCUGGGGCAGCCUCCUUCCAUCCCCCCACCAAUCCAGGCAGCUCAUGUCCCACUUGAAUCCCUGCAGAGGCUCCUACCUCAGUUUGGCACUGAAAUGAAAUAAACCCUCACCCUGA